AUGCCACGGGUACAGCAUCAGGUGCUGCAGGAGCACUGGUGGCCCCACGUGAGCAGAGAAGUUCAUGAUGUCCUUGUUUGUCCCCUGCGGCCGGUGGAGCGUUUCCGUGACCUGCGUCCCGAGGAAGUGGCUGAUCUGUUCCGUACGGCACAAAGGGUCGGGAACGUGGUGGAGAAACAUUUCUGUGGCACUUCGCUCACCUUUUCCAUCCAGGAUGGCCCUGAAGCUGGACAAACAGUGAAGCAUGUUCAUGUCCAUGUGCUGCCAAGGAGGGCUGGAGACUUCAGCAGGAAUGAUGAUGUCUACGAGGAGUUGCAGCAACACGACAAAGAUGAUUCCCCUGACAAGUGGAGGACAGAAGAAGAAAUGGCAGCUGAAGCAGAAAUUCUGAAGAAGUAUUUCCAGGAAAAUUAGAGGUAACAAAGUGUUUGGAACACAUCCCAUGACACCAGAAAGUCCCCAGAAAGAAUGACCUCAUUCUCCAGUUCUCAGUGGCCCUGCAGCUGCAGCUCGACAAUUUUAUUAUGUUCUACAAAUAUGGGAUCCUUCCAUGAAAAAUUUUAUUGGACCUUUGGAUAUCAUCAAGGUUGAAUUCCAGCUAAGACAACUCAACAGCACUGGUUCAAAAUAUUGCUCUGAAUUGUAACUCAUAUUUUUCUGAAUUGUGUACUUGGGAAUGAAUCUUUUUAAAUUGUCCCUUGGCCUAAAUAGAAAUAAAGUGCCAGGAAAUCUGGUAGCUACUGUGUUUAGGUACAUUAUAAAGUCUUUACUCCUUGUUGUGCUCUUUGAUUCAGUUAUUGUAUGUAGGCUAUUUUAUCAUAGAAAAAUUAGAUCUUUUAGCAGUGUGGCAAUUCAUACAAACCAAGACUUUGUUACAGACUCGCCAAAAUAAACUUGGAAAGCUGUUUUUUAUCAGGUGAGUUCUAUAACAAGAAAUAUUAAGUUUCCUGA